AUGUAAAUAACUACAAUUAAUGAAAAUUCUUUGAACAAGAUUAGAGAAUUUUUAAAUGAUAAAAAAUAGCUUGAUAAAAGUGAAUCUAAUAAAAUUCUCAUAUAAGAUGAAUCCUAAGAAGAUAAAACAAAUUAAUUACAAUUCAAAAUUCUGAAAAAAAAUAAACAAAUAACUCAAAUGAAGGAGGAAAUGAUUGAGUUAUAAGAUAAAUGGUAGGAAGAUCGAAAGGUUUGGUUAAAUGAAUAGAGAGAUCUUGAAAGAAAAUGUGAAUUUUAUAGAGAAAAUGUGUAUGAAUAUUAAUUGAUUUAGACAUGCUGAAAGAUAAAACAAUUAGAAACUUUAAAUAUAAAUAGAUAAAUUAACAUCUAUGUUAAAUGAAAAAACUAAAAUCAAAUUGCAAUAUAAUGGAAAUAAUACUUUAGAAAAAGUAAGUGGUUAAUUAAAUGAGGAAAUUGAUACUUUUAAAAAAGAAACAGGAACUUUGAAAUCAUAAAUAGUUUUAUUAGAAAAUAAAAUAAUCUCAUAAGAAGAAAUAAUUUCAAAAUAAUAGAAGAGAAUAUAAAAAUUGAAAAAGUAGUUGAAUUAUUAAUUGUAAUAAUAAUUGGAAGAACAAAUUGUAGAUGUAAAUAGAUAAAAAAAGAAAAGUACAGAUAUUAGAGAAAAAGUCAGUGAAUUAGAAUCUAAGUUAAAAAUAUUAAGUUUAGAAAAUGAUAGAAUCAAAAAAGAGAAUCGACAAUUACUAUAAGAAAAUGAUUAAUAUAGAAUGAAAAAUGAGAAAUCAAGUAGGCUAAUGCCAUAAAUAGAAGAUUCUAAGUAAUAAAUAAAAAUGAUAUUUUUAGUAAAAGAUUAGAAUAAGAGAUUGCAGAUUAUCAAUAGUAAUUUGAAAAAAUGAGUAAGUAAAUAAAAGAACUUAGUAGUUAAUGUGUUAAUGAAUAAUAAUAGUCAAUUUUAAAUAAUGAGGAAUUAAAAAAGAUGAGUUCAGAAAUAAAAAAUUUAGAAGAAGAAUUAAAUGAAAAAGUACGACUACUACAUAUUGAAUAAAGAUCAAAUACAUAUUUAAAAGAAGAGGCAGAAAAAUACAAAACUUAAUUUGAUAGACUAACAAAUUAGCAACAUUAAUUAACAGACGCUUAAAAUAAAGAUAUGGAUAUUUUGGAAUCUAAAAUUGAAAAAAUCACAAAAGAAUUAUUGAAAUUAAGAGAAGAAAAUAGUAUUCUGAAAUCAUAGUUAUAGAAUCAUAAAAAAGAACAAGGUUAAUAUCUUGAUAUGAUUGAUCAGUUAUAAAAAUAAAACAGAGACUUAAAGGGUAAGAAUAAAAUUUUAGUUUAAUAACAUGAUGAUUUGGAUGCUAGAAUUAAUUAAUUAGCUUAAAUAAAACAAUAAAGAUCUUAUAAGACUAGAAUCUAUGAUACAAAUAAAAAUAUAAAAUAGACACGAUUUGAGAAAUCUGAUAGCAGUUCAUUUUCUGACUGA